AUGCCCGAGUUAGGUGCCUUGAAAUCCCGUAGAGGCCAAUUAAAGGCCAAGCUAACAAGAUUUAUAAAUCACCUGUCAAAUGUUGACAAAAAUGUGGAAAUAAAUCGGACAGAAUUGAGGUGCCGUCGGGAAAAGAACGAGGAUGUUUGGCAAGAGUUUGAACAGGUACAAAGUGCAAUCGAGCUGUUACUGAAUGAUGAAGAAGAUGAAGAAACAACGAACUACCGCGUGGAAUUCGAGGAUGCAUAUUUUAAUGCCAUUUCAUUAUGCGAUGAUUUAAUGUAUAACAGAAAUAAUGAGCAAAUCGAAAGUCAAGGUAACGCCGACGUUAUGCGUAAUAGUAACAUGCUUGUUCCGGCUCCACAGAUGACGGCAAGUAGUGGUGGGGGAUUUUGUUGCAAUAAUUCCAAUGCACCAAUACAACUAGCGGCGAUAAGUCUACCGACAUUUUCAGGUAUAUAUAGUGAAUGGCCUACAUAUUACGAUAUUUUUGGAGUAAUGGUACACAAAAAUGAUCGAAUAAGCGACAUUCAACGGUUUUUCCAUUUGCGCGCAUCGUUAUCGGGUGAAGCGGCUCAAGUCAUACAAGGCAUAGAGACGACCGCCGCCAAUUACAGUAUCGCUUGGGAAAGUUUGAUUGCCAGGUAUAACAAUAAAAAGGUGCUUAUUCAAUCACAUACUAGAGGCUUGUACGAAUUAUCAGUGAUAAACGAAGAAUCCAAACAAUUACGAAAAUUAAUUGAUAAAUUAAAUUGUCAUAUCAACGCUUUGGAGUCCUUGGGAGAAAAUCCUCGUGGGUGGGGAUCCAUGUUAAUUCAUUUAAUUACGAGCAAAUUAGAUAUUAGCACCAUAAAAGCAUGGGAAACAAUUGCACCGAAAGACGAAAUACCACCAAUUCAAGUACUGAUACAAUUUUUAGAAAAACGUUUUAAAAUAGUAGAAGCUGUUGAAUCGGUAUCACAAAUGAAUAUCAAAGAAAGCUCGGAUUCGAAGGGAAAUAAGAAAAUCAAUAAAGGUUAUCCCAAGGAGAAAACGUAUUAUUCAUUCGCGGCUACCGAUAUGACCAAAUGUUACAAUUGUAAUUUACCAUAUACUAUUUAUAAGUGCCCUGCAUUCCUAGCAUUAUCAGUACCCGACAGAAUAAAUAAAGUAAAUGCACUAAAGUUGUGCAAAAUAUGUAUGCGUCCACACAAUGACAAAAAAUGUCUUGGUAAAAAAUGUUUCAAGUGCCAUAAAGCUCACAACACGAUGCUACAUUUAAAUGCGAGCAAAGACGGUGAAGAGAAUAAAAGUAAUACGAUAACAGCCGCGGGUAACGAUAAUAGUAACACAAGUCGUUCCGAUAACGAAAUCAUACCAGUCACAGCACACAGUACAGUCGCCGCGACGGCGGCUGCGCCGGAUAAACACGUUACGCUAUGUCCUAACUGA